CAUGCCGAAAAAUUGCGCCAACCCGGAAUGCAGUUUCAAAUAUUGGGUUGACACAAGUGGAACAACAUGAGCAAGCGGCAGCAAUCCAUCAUGUCCUUCUUUGGCGCCAAACCGGCGGAAAAGACUAGCGACGCGAAGGUCGUCGACGCGACCGAAGCACCCCCAUCUGCCUGGACGCCGGCGCCGCAUGGUGAAAGUGUCGCUCCGUCUAGUCCCUCGGACGAUAGCCCGAACAAGUCGAAAACACCUCAAGUUGCGGAGAUUGUUGUGAAGAAGACCCCUGCAACUGCGUCGGCGUCCAAAAAAGCCAAGAAGUCCAGUUCUCCUCCUCCUUCCCCUGAACCAAGUACCGUCCCAUCGUACCUUCCAUAGCGCAAGCGGCUUCGACGUACGAUAGUCGAAGACGAUUCGUCCGACGACGAUGACAUGUUCACGGAAAAGAAAGUUGCAGUUCCAAAGAAAGAGGCCGCACAAGCCAAAGACAGCGGAAUCGGUGGCCACGGUCUCGACGACAUCGAUGCACUUCCAGAGCAACCUGUGGAGACGGCGGCGACUGUUCCAACCAAGGAGGAACCCCAUACCAAGCCCAGUCCAUCAACUCCGACAAAGAUGACAGAGUCCACGGCAACCAACGACGACAAUGAUGCUGAUACACAAAAAGACACUUCAAAACUUGGCUCGUUUUUCGAGGCCAAUCAAUCCAUCAAAGCCAAAAAGUCGACCAAAAAGUCGACCAAAACUAGUAGUUCUAUUCCCACCGACGGCUCGACCACACCCCACGACGACGACCAUGGGCUGCUGCUGCUGUACAACCCAAAGGAGAAGAACCCAAUGAAGCGCGGCGGGUGGACGGCGGGAGACCCCGUUCCAUAUGCCGCCUUGUCCAAGGUGUUUGCCGUGAUCGAAGACGAAUCCAGUCGGCUGAUCAUCCAAGACACAUUGGCCGACUUCUUUCGCAGCGUCAUCGAACUCACGCCGUCGGACCUGGUGUCGUGCAUCUACUUGUGCGUGUGCACAGAACUCGCGCCCGCGUACGACAACGUCCAGAUUGGCAUUGGCGACGCCAUCCUCAUCAAGUCCAUCGGCGAGGCCACUGGCACGACGCCCAAGUUUGUCAAGGAUUUGUACCAGAAGCAGGGGGAUUUGGGCAAAGUUGCGCAGGCGUCGCGAUCCAAGCAGUCGACUUUGAUGACGUUUCAGACCAAGCCCAAGCCGCUGGCCGUCGCCCACGUGUACAAUGACAUGGUGAAAAUCGCGAAAAUGAGCGGCAACAACUCCCAAGCCAGCAAGUGCUCGAUCAUCAAGUCGCUGCUGGUGCGAUGUGACAAGCUAUCGGACGAAGCCAAGUACGUGAUCCGGGGACUGCAGGGAAAGCUACGAAUUGGGCUCGCUGGGCAGUCUAUCCUCAUGAGUUUAACCCAAGCGUUCAUGCACCCCAAGGAACAAGGCGACAAGGCGCUUCAAGCGGAAGCACUCAAGCAUGUAAAACGUGCGUUUUCGGAAUUCCCCAACUACGAAGUGCUGGCAUCGUCUCUCUUGACUGUGUUUACAAGAGAAAACGACCAAAAGGGAGUGUUUGCGUCGCAAUUCGUCGAACUGGCCGAGUUCUGCCACCUGACUGCGGGCACGCCCGUGUCGCCCAUGCUCGCGCGGCCGACCAAGUCGUACGCGAUGGUGCUGGACCGGUUCCAGGCCAUGCCGUUCACGUGCGAGUACAAGUACGACGGCGAGCGCGCGCAGAUUCACAUCCUGCCCAAUGGCGACAUUCGCAUCUUUUCACGCAACUUUGAAAACUCGACCGAGAGGUUUCCCGAUGUCAAACUUAGCAUCGCCAAUGCGGCGGCCAAGGCAAACGUGACCAGUUGCAUCGUCGACGCAGAAGUCGUAGCCGUGGACAAGACAACCAAUCAACGGCUGCCGUUCCAAGUGCUCAGCACCCGACCUCGCAAGAACGUGGUCGUAAGUGAGAUCAAGGUCGCCGUGUGCAUUUACGCGUUCGACUUGCUCUUUUUAAAUGGCAAGUCGUUCCUAAAAGAGCCGUUGCAAGCGCGUCGAGAAGCGCUCAAGGGCAUGUUUCAAGUCACGCCGGGGUCGUUUGAGUUUGCCACGUCAUUGGACGUGGCCAACACCAAGGACGACGACAUGGAGUCGACGGUUGAAAUCGUCCGCAACUUUCUCGAGGAAGCCGUGGCCGGCAACUGCGAAGGGCUCAUGGUGAAAACGCUCUCGACCGAAGCAACGUACGAGCCCGCGAAUCGAUCGCACAAGUGGCUCAAACUCAAAAAGGACUACUUGGACGGCAUCGGCGACUCGACCGACUUGGUGCCCGUGGGGGCGUUCUACGGUCGCGGCAAACGCACCGGUGUCUAUGGCGCGUAUCUGCUGGCGUGCUACGACCCCGAAACGGAAAUGUAUCAGUGCAUUACCAAGUUGGGCACGGGAUUGAGCGACGAAGUGCUGGGUUUGUUCUUCAAUCAACUUAAAGAUUGCACGAUCGACCGCCCUCGAAACGACUAUGCAAUCAACGACCUAAUCAAGCCCGACGUGUGGUUUGAGCCGACUCAAGUGUGGGAGAUUCUCGGCGCCGAUCUGUCGAUUUCGCCAAAGUACACGGCCGCGAUAGGCCUUGUAUCGAAAGACAAGGGCAUUUCAUUGCGGUUUCCCCGGUACAUUCGACUGCGUGAUGACAAGACACCCGUGCAAGCCACGUCCGCGGCCCAAAUUGCCGACUUGUACAACGCGCAAGGACUCAACACGACCAACGACAAGGACGAGUUUGACGACGACGAUGCGUUGUAACCUCGUGGUUAUAAACAUUUACAAAAUCUAAACCAUACUUGGCGUUGUGCGCUGCAGGGUUGGAUUUCACGUUUGGCUGUAUAUAUCCAGCUUGUAUCAUGUCCCCAUUGCAUGUACGACUAAAUAC